GCAGUCUCUGCUCAUCUCCUGUACUAUGUCCACAGUCUCUGGUCAUCAUCUCCUUAUGUCCGCAGUCUCUGGUCAUCUCUUGUACCAUGUCCACAGUCUCUGGUCAUCUCCUGUACCAUAUCCGCAGUCUCUGCUCAUCUCCUGUACCAUGUCUGCAGUCUCUGCUCAUCUCCUGUACUAUGUCCGCAGUCUCUGCUCAUCUCCUGUACCAUGUCCGCAGUCUCUGGUUAUCUUCUGUAGUAUGUCCACAGUCUCUGGUCAUCUCCUGUAGUAGGUCCGCACUCUCUGGUCAUCUGCUGUACUAUGUCUGUUGUCUCUG